AUGGCAUCGUGGCUGUAUGAAUGUCUCUGUGAAGCUGAACUUGCACAGUAUUAUCCUCAUUUUACUGCCGUUGGCCUUCAGAAGAUAGAGGAAUUAGCCAAGGUUACAAUGAAGGACUACUCCAGAUUGGGAGUCCAUGAUAUGAAUGAUCGCAAACGUCUGUUCCAGCUUAUCAAAAUCAUUAAGAUUAUGCAGGAAGAAGAUAGAGCAGCCAGUAGCCCAGACCAUCUUCAGACAAAUAGUCUACAAAUCAAUUCUCAGAAACCCAGACCUGGCCCUCGAAGGCAACUGCAGUUUGAGUCUCCUGCUGACAGCAAAGACAGCAACGGGUUUGAAAUAUGCAACUUGUCAGACUUUUCUGCAAAUGAACAGAAGUCUAGUUACCUAAAAGUGUUGGAGCACAUGCUCCCUGAUGAUUCCCAGUACCAUAUAAAAACAAGAUUUCUGAAUGCCACAGCUGCUGGUUCCUAUGUACAAACAGAAACGCCUUCUUCCCUCUUUUCAGCAAAUGGCUUUUCUCCAAUCCCGGGAGACGGUGAUAUUCCCAUUAUUCAGAGAGUCUCUCAUGUUACAGGAUAUAACUAUGGAAUCCCUCAUUCUUGUAUCAGACCUGACACCUCAGAGAAGGAGAAUCCUUGGACUGAGUUGGAGAAAAUCAGAGUGUGUGUUCGGAAACGACCUCUAGGCAUAAGAGAGGUACGUCGUGGAGAAAUUAAUAUCAUCACUGUAGAAGACAAAGAAACUCUACUUGUUCAUGAAAAGAAGGAAGCAGUUGACCUCACACAAUAUAUUCUGCAGCAUGUUUUUUAUUUUGAUGAAGUCUUUGGUGAAUCUUGCACCAAUCGAGAUGUAUAUAUGAAGACUACUCACCCACUCAUUCAGCAUAUUUUCAAUGGAGGCAACGCCACUUGCUUUGCGUAUGGACAGACAGGUGCCGGAAAGACCUAUACCAUGAUAGGAACUCACCAGAACCCAGGACUGUAUGCUCUGGCCGCCAAAGAUAUCUUCAGGCAGCUAGAAGUGUCCCAGCCACGAAGGCGCCUCUUUGUAUGGAUCAGCUUCUAUGAGAUCUACUGUGGGCAGCUUUAUGACCUCCUAAAUAGAAGGAAAAGGCUGUUCGCCAGAGAAGACAGCAAGCAUGUGGUGCAGAUCGUGGGGCUGCGAGAACUGCAGGUGGACAGCGUGGAGCUCCUCUUAGAGGUGAUCCUGAAAGGCAGCAAGGAGCGGAGCACCGGGGCCACUGGAGUUAAUGCCGACUCCUCCCGCUCCCAUGCUAUCAUCCAAAUACAGAUCAAGGAUUCAGCCAAGAGGACGUUUGGCAGGAUCUCUUUCAUCGACUUGGCUGGCAGUGAAAGAGCAGCAGACGCCAGGGACUCAGACAGACAGACAAAGAUGGAAGGCGCCGAAAUAAACCAGAGUCUUUUGGCUCUGAAGGAAUGCAUCCGAGCACUGGAUCAGGAACAUACCCACACUCCAUUCCGGCAAAGUAAAUUAACUCAGGUCCUCAAGGACUCUUUCAUCGGUGAUGCCAAAACCUGCAUGAUUGCCAACAUCUCCCCCAGCCACGUGGCCACUGAACACACCCUGAAUACUUUGCGUUACGCCGACCGGGUCAAAGAACUCAAGAAAGGCAUGAAGUGUUGCUCGGCGGUGUCCGGCCGGAGUCGGACAUCCGGGAACAUGUCUCCAAAACGAAUCCAGAGCUCCCCCGGGGCCCUGCCGGGGGACAAGUGCUCCCCCAAAAAAGUCAAGCUGGGCCUGCAGCCACCCCUGGCGGUGGCCCCCGGCUCCAGCAGAGGGAAGGCCUCGCCUCUGGCCAGUCACCCUCCCAACGUUCCUCUCGCUGCUGUCCCCAAAGCCCCUGGGAAAAGAGGCGUCCCCAGAGCCAGCCCUCUGCAGGAGGGGAGCCUUCAUAGCAGCCCUGGCAAGGCCCCCAUGCACGGCGGGCAGCUCCCCACCAAGAAGGCAGAGGAGUCGCCGCCCUGCCCCGGGAGGAGUCCCCCAGGAGUCUCCAGCGGGCGCGGCCUGGCGCCGGGGAAGCUGCCCGCCAAGGGCCGCAAGGUGCAGCCCGUGCGGCCGGUGCAGAAGCAGCUGGUGUCCCGGAGCGAGCUGUCGUGCGGCCAGGCCCAGCCCCGCGUCCCCCCACAGCAGCAGGAGAGGGAGGCCCACCUGCGCCUCUACCACCAGCAGUUCCAGCGGCCACCCCUCCUGCAGCCGAAGCUCCACUACCAGCCCCUGGAGCAGCUCCUGUGCCAGUACCGGGCCCAGGCUGGCCCCCUGCGCCACCGUGCGCCCUCGCCACCCGCCACCUGCCACCCUGAGAGCCCGGAGGGCACCCCCGCUGAGGAGCCCGACGACAGCGACUUCAGCGAAGACUCCUUCUCCCACGUCGCGAGUCAGAGGGGCCCCAAGCAGCGGGAGCCCCGGGACAAGAGCAGAGACUCCUUCUUCCUCCACCAGAGCGAGCCCAGGCCGCAGGGCCCGCUGGCCGACCGGCGGUGGCCACAGGGUCUGUCGUUCAGCCCCAGGCCAGAGGGUGACGGGAAGGUGCUGCAGGGCGCCUGGCUGGACUGCUGGGACCCCAGGAGCCCCAGGGGAGCCGCACUCGAGCCCAGGGAGGCGCCCUGGGACUGGCACGCCCCCUCCUCGGGGCCGUCUAACUUGGGCACCCGGGUAGAGAAGCCGAGCUGCCCCCAGGGGUCCCUAGGGCACAGCUGCACGAGCGAAGGCACCCCCGCUGCUGCCCCCACCGAGGGCGCCUUUGGGGCUGAGCAGCCUCAGGAGACGCUGGACGAGGACAGUUUCUCCCUCUCACUGUCCCACAUGGCCACGUCGGGAUCCCCGGACCAGCGGGAUGGAGCCAGCGCCUCCCCGAGGGAGGCCUGCGAGGACAGUCCCGCUCCAGCGGCCAGAGCAGGGCUGGCGAGCGACUCUUCCCCCGGAGAAGGCUCCAGGGGGGAGCUCGGCUCCUGCUCUGACUGCACCUCGGGGCUGAUGGCUCCGCUCACCGUGUCUCUGCUGGAGAACCCCGACGACGAGGGGGCUUCUCCCGUGCGGCAGCUGGCCCAGAGCGGGACGACGUACAGUCUCCUGACUGCAGGCACAAGGGGACCCCCGGAGGACCACACUGCAUCCUUGGAGGACCAAGAGGAAGUCCUGCCGGUGACCCGGGCCACGGGGUCCCUGUGGCUGUCCUCCUCCCCUCCUGACAACAAGCCUGGGGCUGAGCUUCCCCCUCUCUCCCCGUCCCCCAUCCGCCAUCAGCCCCCUGCCGGAGAGGCUGACCUCGGGGCCACCAGGCAGAGCCAGGAGACGAUGUCCUUUCCCCAGGAGCCCACGGCGAGCGAGCACUACGAUGCUGACGCUGAGGAGACAGAAGUGGGCAGCUCCGGGGGCUUCCCAGGAACACCCUUCGGCAGCCUCCCUCCCCGAGGGCACGGGCCUGCUCUCAGUCCGCCAGCAGGAAGUGUCAAGCAGCCCAUGCCACCCUGGGCCCAGGAGAGCGUCUACCCUGCAGGGCGCAGCUGGCAGGAACAGCGCACGUCCACAGACUGCGUCAGGUCACCCUGCUUCGGUGAGGACCCUGUGUGGCUCCAACAGGGACCAGUCCCCAGGAGUUUGGCGAGACCAGGCUCUCCGCUGGCCUGCACCCGUGCUCUCAGGACCACCGCGACACUUCCUCUGCCCUCCCUGGAACAUGCACAACAGGUGGUCAUCCGAGCUCACCAGGAGCAGCUGGAUGAGAUGGCUGAGCUGAGCUUCAAGGAGGAGACACUGAUGAGCCGCCUGGCUCCACACGAUUUCGAAGAUUUCGUGGUCCAGUUGGAUGAAAUCAUGGCUCUGAAAUCCAAGUGCAUCCAGAGCCUAAGGAGCCAGCUGCAGCUGUACCUGGCCUGCCACAGGCUGCCCACAGCCCCCAAGAGGACAGUGGUGUCUUAG